GCCCGGACACGUAAACGAACGCCAAGCCGUCCGGGGCCCGGCCCGGUGACCCCGCCCGCCGAGGGCAGGAGGCCGGGGCGAGCGCCGGAGUGAGUCCGAGGGGGCGCGGGUGCGUUGCAGUGAGCCAGGCACGCGAGGAGCGGGUGCUGGACCUGCAGAACGUCUCCCUGGGCUCCCUGCUGCACCUCAACUACCCCGCGCCGGCGCCGCCGCACCUCGACUUCGUGCAGCACCUGCUGGCGCCGCCCGGACACGUCAUCCUGCUCGAGCUGCACCAGGUGACGCUGAGCGAGGGCGGCGCGUGCGGCGGGGGCGGCGGGGUGAUCGAGGUGGCCGACACCUACGCCGACGCCAACGGCACCUGGUGGUUCCUGUGCGAGGCGGCGGCGGAGGGCCAGGCGGCCACGCCGCCGCCGCCGCCGCCGCCCCCGCAGCCGCUGGCCAUCGCCUCCUACUUCAACACCCUGCACGUGCGGCAGCGCAGCGGCGCGCGCGGCGUGCGCCUCAACGCCACGGUGCGGGUGCAGCCAGACACCAAGUACAAGCUGAAGCUCCUGCGCAGCUCGGAGGAGGCGGGCGUGGAGUCGUGCCGGCCGAACCCGUGCCAGAACGGCGGCAAGUGCGUGUCGGCGGGCGGCGGGGGCGGCGGGCGCACCCACGUGUGCCAGUGCACCGGCCACUUCACGGGCAUGUUCUGCGCCCUGACGCUGUGCGAGCAGGAGCCCUGCCUGUUCGGCCAGUGCCAGCUCACCGCCACGGGCUACCGCUGCCACUGCCAGCCGGGCUACACGGGCGCCAACUGCGAGCAGAAGCAGCGGCCGUGCGCCGACAACCCGUGCGAGGGCCGCGGCGAGUGCGUGGAGCGCAGCGACUCCUUUUUCUGCGUCUGCCACGCCUGGAUGGAAGGGCCGCGCUGCGAGCGGCGCAUCAUGAACAUUCCGUUCAAGCCGCUGUCGGAGCGCAUGCUGCAGGAGCCCUUCUGGCUGGGGCUCAUCACCGUCACCGUGGUGCUGGCCUUCAUCGGCCUGGUGUGGUGCGCCAAGCGCCACCUGCCGGAGAAGCUGGAGAAGCUGCUGGCGGAGGAGGCGGACCGCAACCGCCCUAGUGGCUUCGCGCACUCCCGGCCGCCGUCGGUGCGCGAGCAGCUGAGGCGCCGGCGGCGCGGCGGCGGUGGCGUGGGGCCCCGAGCCCGCAGCCGGGCUGCCCGCGCUCCUCUUGGCCGCCUGGGUAUUCGCGCAAACCUUCGCUUCUUCUCAGUCCUGAGCAGCCGCACGCCGCGGCACCACCGCCCGGCCACAGCCCACGGCCAAGAACCUUUAGUUUGGGCACGAUUUGCUUUAAACGCCGCCAAAACCAAAAGUAGUUUACGGGCAAUGACAAUGGGAUCUGGUUGGCCUGGAGACGGGACGCCGUCGCCGCGCAAGAAGCGCAACAACUCCACGCCCACCAAGAAGAGCCUGGCGGAGAAGAACCAGAUCCUGAAGCAGCUGGUGACGCCGUCGGCCAACCCCCAGCGGCCGCGCAAGGUGAGCCUGGGCGAGCUCAUCCAGCUGAGCGAGCGCAAGCUGAAGGAGGCCGGCGCGGCCGCGGACGCCGCCGCCGCAGGCGCCGACCGAGAGACCACCUUCAGCAGCGCGUCUGCGCCGCCCGUCGCCUCCUGCUCGCUGCCCGCCUCCGCGCUCCUGCUCGCGCCCAGGUGUGUAAAGCGAGUGGCGCGCCGGCGCAGGGCCAGCCUGGACGGCAAGCUGGAGAAGAAGGUGACGUUCGCGCGCCUGCUGAGCAAGGUGUCGGCGGAGAUGAGCUCGGGGUCGGAGGCAGAGCUGGGGCUGACGCGCCACGCGCAGCUGUCGGGGCUGCCCCGCUCCGCCAGCACGCCGCCCUCGCCCGCCGCGGACCAGCGCUCGCCGCACUCCACCAGCGACGGCGGGCGUGAGCGGGGUGUGUGGUCCCGCAGCAGCAACCAGGGCAGCGACUCGCUGAGCAGCCUGGACGUGACGUCGGCGGCGGGGGCGGCGGCGGCGGCGGCAGCCAUGAACGACCUGCUGGCGGCGCGACGGCCCUCGCGCCUGCUGCACGGGGCGCGCCCGCCCAAGAACCCCAGCGCCGACUCCAUCCUCGCCAUGUUCCGCACCUUCAGCGCCGCGGGCGCCGACCCGCGCCUCUCGCCCUCCACCACGCCCACCGCCUCCAGCCCGCAGGACGACGUGGCGGGGUCGGACGAGUCGACGGCGUCGUCGGUGCCGACGCCGCUGUCGUCGUCGUGCAGCCUGACGCUGGACUCGCCGCCCACGCACCACGCGCUGCGCGUGCACGGGGGCGGCGGGGGCAGCACCAUCGAGGUGCCGGUUCUGGACGCGCUGUCGGCGCACAAGGGCGCGGCGGGCGGCGGCUACGGCGGCGGCGGCGGCGGCGGGCUGGGCGGCGGGUUGGGCGGCGGCGGCCUGCACCCGCCCUCCAUCCUGCUGGAGGUGCCGUCGGUCGGCGGCGGCGGCUUCCUGUCGCCCAUCCGGGAGGUGCCCACGCCGCUCGCCACGCCCGCGCCCUCGCCCGCGCUCACGCCCGUCAUGCCGCGCUCCUCCGUCAUGCAG